UAACGUGGAUCCGCCUUUGUGGUAUUAAUUGCUACCUAUUGCAAAGGAUUAUUUUUAGUUCAAAUCAUAAAAGCGAUAGGGUGCUUGUUCGUACGGAAUUUCUGUUUUUUUUUUUUAGAUUAUUCUCUCUCUCUAUCUCUUCUUUUUUAUAGGUAUUUCUAUUUUUUUUUGUUUUCCUUUAAUUUGCGAAAUAAUCACGCGCCACACGAUUUUCGGAUGGAAAUGAAAUUAGCGCUUUCUGUCGACUUUUUUUUCUUUUUUUUUCUUUUCUUGACGUUGGUCAACGACCUGACCAUUCGUAGGUCGACGAACACAAAAUUACAGUAAUUUGAAAAAAAAAUAAAAAUGUAAAAUAAUUGAAAAAGAAUUGAUUGUAAAUAGAAUUAGUGAAAUAUUAAAAUUCGUUGGUAGAAAUAUCGAAAUCAUUUUAUUCGCUUCUUCCUCCCCCCACAUUUUUUUUUCUCUCUUUUUAAGGUUUAAUAAAAAAAAGUAAAAAGAAAAAUAGGUUAGUAACGAUUGAAAAAAAAUCGUAGGAAAUUUUUGUUUAUAUAAUAACAAAUGUGUAUUUGUAAUCGACGUUUAGAAAAUGCCGCAAGGUAUUGGAAUGCAAAAACGUAAGAAGGACGAGCCACCGGAAAUAUUUCAGGAGAAAAUUCUUUACAGAGAAUGGGCUCGUCGUUUUACAACCAUAGACAAGAAUCUCGAAGCAGUAACUUAUUAUGAAAAGGCUAUGAAAUUGGAUGAGGAUGACGUAAGGACGCUUCUCGGACUUAGCAAAGCUCAGUUUAAUUUUACAAAAUACGUCGACGCUGCUCAAUUGGCUGAAAGAUGUAUGGUAUUAGAUCCAAACAAUUAUCACGUAAAGGAAAUGAGAGUCGAUACGUUAUAUCGAAUGGGAGAAUUUUGCUAUAGUUUGGUCCAUGCUUACAAUGGUUUCCGGCAACGUAGGAUGCCCUUCGAAUUGAGCAUUUAUCGAGCCAAUGAAACAAUAGAAACUUGUGUUGGUCAGAACACUGUACCGGACGCUUUGGAACGUCUUUUACCUUGGAUCCAAAAGUUGCAAGAAUAUCGUGAAGUAUUGAUCGAAAAGCUCAAAUUGGAAACAGACGAGUUCGAAGGUAUCGAUGAGGAUCAAUCAAAGUUCAAGGUGAAUGAUCCAGUUGCUCAAGAAGAAGCAUACAAGGCAAAGCUUCAAAAUGUCAUUGCUAAGAUUUAUUUAGGUUUAAUAGCUUCCGAAAAGGAAUUUCGUGAACGAUUGGCCCAAGAUAAACAACUCUUGGAGUCGCCAAACAAAGAAUCGACUAAGCUAUUGCAAUAUCACGCUGAAAGAAGUUUGCGAAAGACCAAAUUCCGUCAAAGUAUCAUUCGUACCAGUUGGCCAAUUUACGUAAUGUUGUUCGCUAGGGAUGCUCGAACGAUUGGUCACAGAGUUAUGCUUGAAAAUGAAAAGAAAUUGAAGAGAUACAAUCUAAUAGUGCUUGCAGAUUUUUUAUUACGAAGCUUGCACGCCGCUAGAAUGAACAGAGAUUAUCCAACAUUUUUCAGAUACGUCAAUCGCAUAAAGGACAAAUUCGAUUCGUACUCGAGCAAGAUGUUUCCGUUAAAACAGAAAUGUUUGAACGUACUUUACAAAAUGAUCGCGUGGGUUUACAUAGAUACGAGAAAUUUAAUGCGUUUUAAUGACGAAGAAACUAAGAUGAGAUAUUUGAAACAUCAUUUAUUAGAACGCGUUGCACGAUUGCCGAGGGAAAGAGAAUUAGCGUGGGUGAAGAUAACAACGCGUAAAAAUGAACUUCAAACGUUUCGACGUAGAUUGGCUAUGGCAUCCGAACCAUUGGAAUUAGCAUGGUUGUUUCACGAUUUUUCCAAAUUUCUCAUACAAUUGGGUCGUUACGAUCUUGCUAGAUAUUAUGCCAAGAAGUCACGUGACUCAGCAAUAGAAGCUAAGAACGAACAAUGGAUACUAAAUGCCACCCACAUGACUAUGCUAGUCGAGUUCUCUCAAAACAAUCGGAACGAUGCUAAAGAGGCUGCAGUUGCUGCCAUUGCUACAGCUAAAAAGCUUGGAAUCGAUUAUCUGGUAGAUUUUUACACCAGAGCUUUGAAUAUAGUCGACGAGUUGGAUUUGGAAAGGAUGACGAUAACAACGGACAGUAUCGCAGCUAGGCAAAAGCUCAUACUCGAACUUAUGCCAGAAGAAUUGAAGAACAACGUGGAUUUUCUUUUUCGCAGUAUGGAAGUAGUACCAGCGAAACGUAGACUUUCCGUAAUGCCUGGUUGUAAACCAGUCGACCGUAAAUUCAAGUUUUCCUGCAAACGGAAUACGAUAUUGCCGAGUCCUCCGAAGAAUCCUGAAAAGGAAGCAAGGCAAGCUUUGCUUGCUCAAUACGCUCCGUCAAAAGAAAGACCCGGUUUCCUAGAUUUUCAAGAUUACGAAUGAACAUCACAUGACGACACAACACGUAUAAUACUACCGUACAACAAAAUUGGAUUUUCCUAUUCCGCGAAUUUCACAUUGUUCUUUUUUUUUAUUUGUGUUAUAUCAUACUUCUGAUUCCCCCACCCCUAAA